AUGUCGUCGUCUUUGACAGCACAAGGUGUGUUUUUUUUUUGAAAAUGAUUUUUGAUUUGAUCAAAUUUUUUAAUAGAGCGUCUUCAACCAUUUAUCGAUGGCUAUGUUGAGGCGAUAAAUGCUGGAAAUUUGGAAAAAUUGAAGGAUUUCUAUCAUCCAAAUUCAGUUAUGGUUGAAAAGGAUAAAAGUUGUUGUUUUGGAAAAGCAGGUGAAUUUUUUUAGUUGAAACAUUUUAUUGAUUUCUAUCUCUCAGAAAUUGUCAAAAGCUUGGAGCAAAUGAUAACUGAGUGCGGGAAGACUACAAUCGAGCUCACCAAUUCGAAAUUCGAAGGAACACCGGCUGGAGAUUUUAUCAAUUUCCAGACUGCUUUCGCGUUUGUGACUGAGAAGGCGGGAGUUUUGCGCGGGAAUUUUUUACAAAUCUGGAGAUUUGAUGCUGGUGAAUACACCAUUUAUCAUGAUGAAUUUGAAAUGAUUUGA